AAAUUUUCCUAUAGCUUAUUUAGAAAACUUUUAUACUACUAUUCACUAGAUGAGCUUAUUAUUAUUUUUUUCCAAAUUUUCCAUACUCUACGAGUUGUACAUGUAGAGCCUAAUGUUGGGUCCAGCAGCUAAAUGUCGUCAAUCGGUCCAAAACCAACAAAUCAUCGUCCUCAAAUCAUCAUCCAUUCUCUCUCUACCUUCACCUUCUUUCCACAGUUAACUAGUCAUCUAUGGCGAUGACAGAGGUAACCACAACCAACGAAGUCACAGAGCUUUUCAAAAAUCUUGAAGAACGGAAAACAUUACUCAUAAAAUGUACCGAUUUAUACAAAACCCUAGACUCUCAUUACACUUCCCUUCUGAAAUCCCUAAAUUCUAAAUCCAUAAAGCUAGAUUCCGCACUCCAAUAUCUCGAUUCACCUCACCAAAAAUCGCUUGAAAACCUUAAUAACCGUGAGAAUUCAAUCCCUAACCGAUUCUCUUCUCUUUCAUCUGAAAUAGAAUCAAAAAAGGCAUCCGCCAUUGCCGAGCUACGGAAACCUCUAGAUUUGACCUUGCCAACGAUUGAAGUUCUGAAGUCGUUGUGUAGGAGAAUGGAUUGCAGUCGUUUGAUGAAGUUUCUGAUUGAAAGGAGAAAAGAUAAAAAAUCAUUGAAGGACGAAAUGGAAGAAGCAAUGAAAGAGUGUGUGGACCCAGCGAAGAUUGUUUUAGAAGCAGUUAAAAAUUUCAUGGAUGCGAAAGUGACAGCGAAAAGGCAAGUUGUGGAUAAGAGGUGGGCGUGUGGGAUGGUGGUGUCAGGGUUGUUUUCACCAGAGAAGUUGAUGGAGAGGGAGAAGGGAAUGGAAGCUGCAUUUGCGAAGAAGACGGUAGCGGAGGCUGAGAAGUUGUUGAGGGAGUGGAAAGAGAAAGGGGAGCAAGUGAGGGAUGGAGAAGGAGAAGGAGAAGGAGAAGGAGAAGCAGAAGGGGAAAGUGAGGGUAAAAUGGGUUCAGCUGAGACAGCAAUGUUUUUUCAGGUUGUAAUUGGGUUUGGAUUGAAGGAAAUUUUUGAGGACGAGUUCUAUGUGAAGGCUGGAAUUGAGUUUUCUACUAGGAGAGAUAUGGCUAAGCUUGCUAUUCCCCUUUUUGGGGAUAAACUUCCUGAUUUCAUUGAUCAAUUGAUAAAAAAUGGAAAGGAGGUUGAAGCGGUUUACUUUGCUAUUGAGUCUAGCUUGACUGAAAGGUUCCAGCCGGCCAUCCUGCUCAAGUCUUUUCUGCGCAACUGUAAAAAGAAUACCACGGAACUACUGAUGAAAGGCAACCAUAAUGCUGAAGCAACUGAAGAGGCCAACAGAUAUGAGACAAAUUACAUCAGGGCUAUUGUCAGGUGUGUUGUAGACUAUAACUUGGAGUCUGUAUUUCCUAUUGAUAACUUGAAGAAGCGACUUUCUGUGCUGGAGAAAGAAAAGGCUGAUAAGAAGGCUUCUGUGGCUAACUCUAAGCCCUUUAACAAGCGAGCGCACAGUAGCGGAGCCGAUCGAAGCAAUGGUGUGCCUCCUCCACGUUCCAGCAAAAGGUCAAAAUACCCUUCUCACGGCAGGAGAGAGAUUUCGCAGCCCCUCAGUCCAGUAUCGAGGUAUAUGGGGCCAUAUAGUUACUCGAAUCCGACUGUGUAUAACCCAGGGGCCCCUGCAGUCACUUAUGGGACAAGGUUUGGGGCUCCUCAUGUUGCAACAGCUAAUCAAAUCACUCAACAACAGUAUGUACUGCCUAGCGGUAGUACUCCUAGUCAACUCAUCAGUGCUUAUGGAAUGCAUGGGCCAAAUGAUACAGUCAACACAGCGCCACAGGUUGUCAAUUAUUAUGGGGGGGUCGCUGCUGAACCAAACGCUGUGCCUCAGCUUAACAGUCCUUAUGUGUUACCUGAUGGCAGUGCUGCUAAUCCUAGUGCUGUAGCUCAACAUGGCGGUACGUAUGUAGUGCCUGGAGGAAGUGUUCCCACUCCUGCUGAAGCUGCUCCUGGAAGCUCCUAUGGUAUACAAAAUGUGUACGGAACAUAUGAUUAUGGUGCAACCAGUACAUCUUACAGACCCCCUUAUGCACAAUGAUUCCGACUUGAAGAACAUACAUGCUGAUUCUUAGUUGAUAGAGUAGAUGCCAUUGUAACUAUUAACUGAUUUGUUAAUACAACCUACCUUGUGCAUCACAUACUGGUUUGUUGACGAGAUGCAGGUAUAUCUACUAUGCAGGAGAAGAAGAAAUGCACACAGAAAAAGGUUAAUAACUUGGGGCAGACGCCAAAGCAUAGAGAGGAUGGGACACGGAAGAUGAAGUAGGAAGAGUGGAAAACGGUCAAAACUCGAAUCUUUUUUUCUUAUUUUUCCGGUUUAUUAUGCUCGUAUUUUUUUUCUUCCAUAGUAUGUUGUAUUGCAGCUUUACUCUUUAAUAGGAGCCUUUCAAAAGAUUGAGAUUCGAACUCCGUCUCCGUUGUCUUAUAGUGGUAUCAGUGUAGAAAUUCGUGCAAUGUAUGGAUUUCUUAAAGUUGCUAUAUAUGAAAAUUUGAUUUCUAAAUAAUGGUGCAAUUAUUCUAUAUC